AUAAGCCAUGCUUUUGUGAAACAUAAAAUAUCAUUAUCACAUAGUUCAGCGGAAAUAUUUAGAUAAUACCGAUAUGUCAACCCGUCCAUUUUAAUGUUUCAGUGAAUCAAUUCCGAUUGGUUGAUGGUGAUAAAUCGAACAAUGGUCUUAUACAGGUGAAAUACCAAAAUACCUGGAAUUAUUUUUGUGAUAGUAAUGGUAUCUACGAUACAAAAGCCAAACUUAUUUGUAAACAGAUGGGAUAUAAAUCAGGCGAUAUUUUUGAUAGUCCACGUUUUUAUAGUAUGACUGGAAGAUAUUGGUAUAAUAAUUUUAGAUGUAAUGGUAAUGAACCAGUUCUAGAUUUAUGUCAACAUGGUAACUGGACUACUGGAUCUUCUCGCUGCUAUGACAAUCAUGGCAUUUACUGUUAUGGUUCAGUUCGUCUUAGUUCUAAAUACAGCAAUUCAUCUGGUGCUCUCCUGGUUUACGAAGACACUGAGUAUAAAACAGUUUGUGGCGAUGAUUUUGAUCAAAAUGCUGUUAAUGUUGUUUGUAGAGAGUUAGGUUUUCCAACUGGUGGACGAAUUCUUCCUGCAAACAAUUUCAAUAUUCAUCGUUCAAGUACCAAUACACGAUAUAUAUGUACCGGUUAUGAAGCUAGUUUAAUGGACUGUAGUACUGACGAUUCUAGUCCAUAUUGUGCUACCUCUAUUACUACUAUAUCAUGUUUUACUGGUGGUAAUUAUACAGAUCAAGGUCAGGAUGGAGAUACAAUGAUCAAUGAUAUUCGUCAAGUUCUAGUCUAUAAAAAUGGUUUGUUGGGUACAAUCUGCCCAGAACAGUGGGGUGGUGAAGAAACGGAAGUUGCUUGUAGAGAGGCUGGAUAUCAACAUGGCUACGCUAGCCCAUACUAUGGAGAAAGUUCAAAACCUAUGUGGCUGUCUACCGUAGAAUGUAAUGGUACUGAAACCAGUCUGAGAUCUUGUCGAAACACAGAAUUUAACAGCAAUUCGUACUGCCCUUCUCAUGCAUUUGCUGGAGUAUACUGUUAUAAUGAUGACGAUUUAAAUCAGUUCCGAUUGGUUGAUGGUGAUAAAUCGAACAAUGGUCUUAUACAGGUGAAAUACCAAAAUACCUGGAAUUAUUUUUGUGAUAGUAAUGGUAUCUACGAUACAAAAGCCAAACUUAUUUGUAAACAGAUGGGAUAUAAAUCAGGCGAUAUUUUUGAUAGUCCACGUUUUGAUAAUAUGACAGGAAGAUAUUGGUAUAAUAAUUUUAGAUGUAAUGGUAAUGAACCAGUUCUAGAUUUAUGUCAACAUGGUAACUGGACUACUGGAUCUUCUCGCUGCUAUGACAAUCACGGCAUUUACUGUUAUGGUUCAGUUCGCCUUAGUUCUAAAUACAGCAAUUCAUCUGGUGCUCUCCUGGUUUACGAAGACACUGAGUAUAAAACAGUUUGUGGAGAUAAUUUUGAUCAAAAUGCUGUCAGUGUUGUUUGUAGAGAGUUGGGUUUUCCAGCUGGUGGACGAAUUCUUCCUGGAAACAGUUUCAAUGUAUAUUGUUCAAGUACCAAUAAACGAUAUAUAUGUACUGGUAAUGAAGCUAGUUUAAUGGACUGUGUUACUGACGAUUCUAGUGCAUAUUGUGCUACCUCUAUUACUACAAUAUCAUGUUUUACUGGUGGUAAUUCUACAGGUCAAGGUACAGUUGGAAAUAACCACAACACCUCUCCAAACUAUAGUAGUUACACACCAUACUACACUGAUUACUAUAGCUAUUCAAGCCCCAACUACUACAAUAGUUAUUCAAGUCCUGCUACCACGUCAACAUCACAAUCCCAAUCAGGAAAUAUGUCAAUGAUAGAGAACGAAUUGGUAGAUAUCAGGAGCGAAGCUGCAGAAACUGUAAAUGAAGCUGUCGACGUGGUUAAUAAAGUGGACGUAGCACUGAGAAAUAUCCAAAAUUAAGUGUAAUUCAUUGUUAUUGAAAGAAUAAA